AUGUCACCUGUUCAUAAAGUAGCUCUUAUUCAGCUUCAUCCCAAGCCUCUUUCGCCGGCCGACAAUUUUGCCAAGGCCGAAGCUUUUAUACGAGAUGCCGCACAUGAGGGAUGUCGUCUGGCUGCCUUACCCGAGUACCACCUCACUUCGUGGGUCCCGGAUGAACCGAAUUUCAAGGAAUCAUGUGCAGAGUCUGCAAAUUACCUGAAGAAAUAUCAGCAAUUAGCUAAGGAGCUAAACAUCUGUAUUGUUCCCGGCACGAUCAUCGAACUAGAAGGCGAUUCCCUCCAUAACAUCGCGUAUUUCAUAGGUUCGAGCGGCGAUGUGCUGGGGCGAUACCAGAAGAAGAAUCUCUGGCAUCCUGAGCGGCGACACCUAGUAUCGUCAGCCCAUGAGCCGCACGUGGCUUUUGACACGCCACUGGGGCGCGUGGGGCUGUUGAUAUGCUGGGAUCUGGCUUUCCCCGAGGCAUUCCGGGAACUUAUCGCAGACGGCGCGCAAAUUAUCUGCAUCCCUACGUUCUGGAGCAUGAAAGACGUUACGGACGAGGGGUAUUCACUUAACCCGGAUGGGGAGGCUCUAUUUUUGCAGAGCACUGUGGUCAGUCGCGCGUUCGAAAAUACGUGCGCGGUCGUGUUCGUCAAUGCGGGAGGACCACCCGAGAAAGGGGAAAAGACUAGCUUCGCGGGCUUGAGUCAAGUCAGCGUACCCCAUAUCGGUUCACUUGGGAAACUGGGGCGUGCUGAAGGGAUUUCCAUUGUGGAUUUGGACAUGGACGUACUAAAAAUAGCGGAGAACAAUUAUAAGGUCAGGGAAGAUAUGAAAAAAGAAGGUUGGCAUUAUGCUUAUACUCAGAUCAGAGACGGAAGCAAGUUGUAA